UCUGGUCCUUAUUCACUGCGAAGCUCCAUGAUUCUGGCUAACUACUGCAAGGUGGAGAAUCAGUCAGGCUUAAAUCUUCUAUUGCAUUUCAAUCAGCAAAGGGUUACUGUAGCCAGAAAACAGUCUACUUCCAUUCUACUAAGGCGGCUCUCUGAUUUCACGGCUCAAGAUUUAGAUAGUGCAGCCUCUGUUUCAAUCCAACUUGCUGAUUUUGGAUCCUUGGCGACGACUUCCAUUCAUCUUUCACUUUCACAAUCAUCCCUUGCUUGGAGAACACGUAUCAUGUCAAUGGAAGGUUCAAGAACAUAUCCUGGGCCAUUUCUUGUGGUUAACAUUUCAAGAAAAUUAGAGUAUCUUCACAUGUCCUUUUAUACUGAUGGUUUGUUGGUUGCGGUUUCUCCCAUUGUUUUCUGGAGUAGAAAGAGGGCUUUGAUGUCUUUAACUGUUGGUAACUUCUUAUUUUCAUUAAGACCUGAAAUGACAAAGGACAUGACAAAUUCUGAAACUUCUCUUUCUGUGGGAUGGUCUGAUUGUAUUAAGGGUGGAAAAGCAGUCCAUCUCUCUGGCAUAUUUGAUAAAUUAAACUACAGGGUCCGUAAGGUGUUAUCAGUAAAACCAGUUAAAUGUUCCUUUAGCACAGCACAAUGUGCCCUCAACUCAGAGGGAGGAAAUGUUGGCAAUAUGCACUUUCUUAUUCAGACAAUUGCCAGAGAUGUCCCUGUUGCACCACCUGAAAAGUCCUCAGUUGAGUUUAAAAAUAAAAAUUCACCAGUUUCACUGCAAGAGCAGAAAGAAAUACAUAUCCUUCCCACUGUACGGAUGACCAAUUUAUUGCAGUGCGAGAUAGAAGUCCUUCUAAGUGAAACAGAUCAGCCCAAACUUUAUGGGAAUGACAAUAUUGGAAAGCAGGCAAAGAUAUCAUGCGGGUCCUCAGUUGACUUUUAUGCCAAUCCUGCAGUUAUAUAUUUCACUGUUGCUUUAAGUGCUUAUAAUUUGAGUUCCAAGCCAGUGAACAGUGGCGAUUGUGUGAAGAGGUUACUAAAGCAAAAUGGUGAUGCGCGAUAUCUGGAUAUAAUCUUGGACUUUGAAAGUGGAAAUUUUUUUGCAACAUUAAGAUUGUACCGUGGAAGCAGGGGCAUGCUAGAGGCUGUUGUUUUUACGUCAUAUGCAAUGAAGAAUGAGACAGACUUUCCAAUCUACGUUCUUGCAACUAAAAAGAGGCAUGUGCCCAGGAUUGAAUUGGACAAUUUAAAUUCCGGCAGUCUUUUGGAGUAUGGUUUGUGCUUGCCUCCUAAGUCUACCAGAUCAUGGUUCUUGAAAUCCAAAAAACUGCAACUUAGAUUGCUGGAGGACUAUCAAUCUGAGGCAUUGUUAGACUUGGAUGCUAUAUCAGGCCUCACAGAAAUAAGCUUCUAUAAAGAGGAAGGAUCUGAGAUGAGAUCUAUAAUAAAGCUUGGGGUGUCUACUGGCCCUUCUUCAGGGGAAAUUGUUGUGCCAUUUCAAAUGGUGACUUUGGUACCGCGAUAUGUCAUUUGUAAUGAAUCAGAAGAACAGAUCAGUGUCCGUCAAUGUUACUUGCAGGAUGACUUGGCAGGCAUUACCUCCAUUGACAGUAAACAGCGAACAACACUGCGGCUAAAGGAAGGAUUUGGCAGGGAGAGAGAGUUCAGUUUAUUUGAUCAUUUUAUUAGGAAGCACAGAAGCUCCAGUGACAAAUCUUUGCUGUAUGUUCAGAUUAAAACAAAUGAUCCAGGAUUUGGAUGGUCGGGGCCUGUAUGCAUAGCUUCCCUAGGACGUUUUUUCCUGAAAUUUAGAAAGAUAACUAACAAUUUCACAGUACCAGACAGUAACAUGACACAGUUUGCUGCUAUUCAUGUGGUGGAAGAAGGCUCUACUCUUGUCUUACAUUUCUACAAACCCCCAAAUCUGAGUCUUCCAUAUCGAAUUGAGAAUUGUUUGCACGAUUUAUCCAUAACUUACUAUCAAAAGGCUUCGUCAGAGCCCGAGGUUCUUGGAUCUACUACCAGUGCUGAUUAUGUGUGGGAUGAUUUAACUCUUCCUCAUAAACUAGUUGUCCGUAUUAAUGAUCGCCUGCAGUUACGAGAAAUUAAGUUGGAUAAGGUGCGGCCAUGGAAACCAUUUUACAAAGUUGGGCAACAAAGAGUAUUGGCUCCACAUUUGCUUUUAGACAAAAGAUCAAGGGAUCAGAGAGCAACUUUCAAUGGGCUUAAUGGCAUAGAGAUAGAAAAAGUGGGGUAUGAAAUAUAUGCAGAGGGACCCACCCGUGUUCUGCGGAUUUGCGAGAUCUCUGAUUGUUUCAAGGGAGAUAGAGUUCUUGAUUUGUGCGCAAAAAUGCAAUUGAGAAUUUCUCUGUUUGCUAUCCAUCUACUUGAACCUGCAAAACAGGAGGUGGAUGACAAUGAUCCACAGAUUUUUCACCAAUGCGGUGGCAAAUACUUGAAUUUGGAACUUAAGUGGAAUGGGGCUCCUUUUGCAUCAAUGCUUCGCAGGCAUCAAUCUGAUUACAAUGAUUCAAAUGAUAGUGUACUGAAGGUUGUUUUUGUCCAACUUACCUCCAGUUCGAAGAUUAAGCAAUUUAGAUAUUCAUCUAUUUUUCUUCAGCCAAUUGAUUUGAACCUUGAUGAGGAGACAUUAAUGAAACUUGCUUCAUUUUGGAGAAGAUCUCUCAGUGACUCAGAGAGUCAGCGAUUUUACUUUGAUCAUUUUGAAAUCCAUCCAAUAAAGAUCACUGCAAGCUUUAUUCCUGGGGAUUCACUUGCAAGUUAUAGUUCAGCACAGGAAACUCUCAG